AGGAUGUGUUCCAAAACGAGUCGAUGGUGGAGCAUAUAAAUUGCCGGUGACAGAGCGAGUUCCUGCUUCUUUCUACCUGGAGCGUGAGGUUCUUAGUUCAUCUAAUUAUUAAAAUGUCAGCUAAAGCUAAUCCAAAAGUCGAAAUCAAGUAUACGAAGAUUUUUGUCAACAAUGAAUGGCAUACUUCAGCAAGUGGUAAAAAAUUUCCUGUGAUCAAUCCUGCCACUGCAGAAAAAAUCUGUGAGGUAGAAGAAGGUGACAAGGUUGACGUUCAAAAAGCUGUCCAAGCAGCUAAAAAUGCAUUUCAGAUUGGUUCUCCAUGGCGUACAAUGGAUGCCUCUGAAAGAGGCCGUCUCUUAAACAGAUUUGCUGAUCUUCUGGAACGAGACAUGGAAUACUUAGCAAAUCUCCAAACUUUAGAAAAUGGGAAACCUUUCAAAGAUUCGUAUGGAGAUUUAAUAUUUGCUAUCAGAACAUUUAGAUAUUAUGCUGGUUGUGCAGAUAAAAUUCAUGGAAAAACUAUACCUGCUGAUGGGAGCACCUUCUCUUACACUCGCUUAGAACCUGUUGGCGUAUGUGGACUAAUUAUUCCAUGGAACUUUCCUGUACUCCUUGUCAGCAACAAGGUUGGUCCUGCUAUUGCUGCUGGCAAUACAGUCAUUUUGAAACCUGCUGAACAGACACCUUUGACAGCCCUAUAUAUGGCAAGUUUAGUAAAAGAAGCUGGAUUUCCCCCUGGAGUUAUAAAUAUUGUUCCAGGAUAUGGUCCAACUGCAGGUGGUGCUCUGACUGCCCAUCAUGAAGUUGAUAAAGUAUCCUUCACUGGUUCAACUGAGGUUGGAAAACUUAUCCAACAAGCUGCUGGUCAAAGCAACACAAAAAGAGUAACAUUAGAAAUGGGGGGCAAGAGUCCUUUAGUUAUAUGCUCUGAUGUAGACUUGGAUGAGGCUGUUCAAAUAGCUCAUGAUGCUUUAUUCUUCAAUCAAGGAGAGUGCUGUUGUGCUGGCUCUCGAACUUUGGUUCAUGAAGACAUAUAUGAUGCCUUUGUUGCUAAAAGUGUAGCACUGGCACAGAAACGUGUUGUAGGUGAUCCUUUUGAUGAAAAAACUACGCAAGGACCUCAGAUUGAUGAUGAACAAUUCAACAAAAUUUUGGAUUUAAUUGAAUCGGGGAAAAAAGAAGGAGCAAAACUGGAAUGUGGUGGUGCUCGUCUUGGAAAUAAAGGUUAUUUUGUGCAGCCUACUGUUUUUUCAAAUGUGAAAGAUAACAUGAGAAUUGCAAAAGAAGAAAUCUUUGGACCCGUUAUGCAGAUUUUGAAGUUUAAAACUCUUGAUGAAGCAAUUGAAAGAUCAAAUGCUACAGAAUAUGGUUUAGCUGCUGGAAUUUUAACAAAGGACAUAAAUAAAGCAAUCUUAUAUUCUCAAGCAGUUAGAGCUGGCACAAUUUGGAUCAACUGCUUCUUCGCUGGUUCAGUACAGACACCUUUUGGAGGAUUCAAAAUGUCUGGCCAAGGUCGUGAAUUUGGCACAGAUGCCUUGCAUGAGUACUGUGAGAUUAAGACUGAUCUACCACUAGGAUGCAAAUUAAUUAGUGCAUUUAAGCCCAGAAUUCUUGAGUUCUACAGACAGAGCCUCUGACAGCCAUCAUUGUCCAGUCACUCUAUUGUUUAUCUUUGCUACUGAUUUGAUUGCUCGUUUUAGCUCUUUUAUCCACAAUUGUUUCGUGAACUAAAAAAGCAUGAUCCAAAAUUUA